CGGAAGCAUAUGCUGGCAGGCUUUCCAUGUAGCAGAAUAUGGCGCAGGUCUUUCGUCUAAAAACUUUGUUCGUGCGGGGCCUAUUUUAUUUUCUGAUCACGUUAGCACACGUUUCGACACACACGCUUCCAGGAAAGCUUGAGGGAAACCACAAAAGCUAUUCGGAAAGACAAGGAACAUCUGUUAACCACCAAAGCAAGUCUUCACCACAAGGUGGACUUUCACGACCACCCCGUCCACCACCACCUCAGUUUGGAGCACGUCAGAGAGGAUCGUCUGGAAACAACGCAACGAAACCUGCGCCAGGCACUCGACGGGAAGCUCCACCCCGUCCACCACCACCUAAACUUAAAAACCCUAACAAGAUAUCAGUGGGCUACAGCCAGAAGGAUUCUGUGGCAAGACAAAAACGAACACCUCCAGUCCGUCCACCACCACCUAAUCAGAGCAAUCGUCUGAAGAUAUCAGUGGGCUACAGCCAGAAGGAUUCUGUGGCAAGACAAAAACGAACACCUCCAGUCCGUCCACCACCAGCUAAUCCGAGCAAUCGUCUGAGAAGAUCUUUGAGCAAGACACAGACCAAUCGAGGAACUCGACCGAUACCCCCACCCCGUCCACCACCCCCUAAUCUUGGAGCACGUCUGAAUGCUCCUCAGACGGGUCGAAGAAAGUAGAAAAGGGAAAUGGUGCACUUCAAGUUUCGUGUUUUGAAAUGUUGCUAUUAUUACAAAACUUUAUGAAAAAUGUUGACAAGUAGAAUAAAAAUCGUGUUC